UUUAUAGAGGUGGCGUGCGCGGCGGAAGGAUUAUUCAGUGCAGCCGGUUGUGCUUUAAAGGGGUGUAUUGUGCAGACAUGGCGCAGGGGCGAGUCACUGACUACUUCUCACAGUCGAAGCGAGCAGGAGUUGAUCGGGCUUUACGACUGAAAUCUCAGAAAGCAGGCGGUGAGGACCGAGCGGUGUCAGAGAGCAACCCGUCCCCAGCGAGGCCUCAGGCGGGCAGGAGCUCUGCGGAGAAGAGCGCGCCGCUCGGGUCCGUCCAGGAGGAGUUCCUCAGGGUGAUCGCCGAGGCAGUGUCUGCGCCGGAUCAUGCGGAGGACCGGACGGAGCCGCGGGGCUCGGGGAAACCCGGGCCGCUCCAGAGUCCCCGAACCCCGAAGAGGACUUCCACUGAGGCGCAGUUUGAUCUCUGCUCGGCUGUGUUUCCCUCCGCCACGGAGCAGCACAGCACGGCGAAAAAACGGCUCCGGGCCGCAGUGAUGAAGGACGGAAACGCGGUGAAACCCAGUGUGGCGGUUCGGAGAAGGACUGCGCGGAAGAAGCUGGAGCUCUGCGCACCUGAGGGAAGUGGAAAGGUCAGUAAACCCACUCAUAAAGAUUCGAGCAGUGCAAUCGAACACAAGUCGAAAGGCUCACCUGUGAAUAAAGUAAGCAGUCCCAAACAAUCUGCCGCCAACAAGAAAACGUUCUCCAGCGAGGAUGUGGCUUCGCUGAAGGCUCGUCUGCAGAAGUUAAAAGGACAGGCUGAAGCGGCGAGCUCGCCAACCCCGGCACCCGUGUCUGCUCUUGCUGAGCUCAAAGCCCGGUUGGACAGUGCCAGGGAGCUCGCAGCCAAAGCGCGGCAGAGGAAGGAGGAGAGAGUGGUUGAGGAGCAGACACAAGACCACAAAGCGGAUGAAGGUGAGAAGCUUCCUGCUUAUGAGCGCUACCACACACUCGCUCAGGACGUCCCUCCCGGCCUCACCCUGCCCUUCAAAUACAAGGUGUUGGCAGAAAUGUUCCGCAGUAUGGACACCAUAGUCGGCAUGCUCUUCAACCGUUCAGAAACGGUCACCUUCGCCAAAAUCAAACAAGGAGUCCAAGACAUGAUGCACAAGCGUUUUGAAGAGUCUCACAUUGGGCAGAUUAAAGCGGUGUACCCGUCCGCCUACACCUUACGGCAGGAGAAAAACAUCCCGACCUUCAGCGCUACAGUGAAGAAAUCCACCUACCAGCUCACCGUGGAGCCGCUCAUCGAAGAAGAAACGAGCGGCACCCAACCCAUCCUGUCUGCUACUCGUCUGCUGGAGAGAAGACGCAUGUUUCAUCACAACCUGGUUGAACUUGUGAAGGGGCAUCAUAAGGUGUUCUUGGCUUCACUGAACCCCCCUUUAGUGGUCCCUGAUGAGAAACUAACCCGCUGGCACCCCAAAUUCAACGUGGACGAGGUGCCCAGCAUCCCGCCCAGUGACUUGCCUCAGCCGCCACAGACUGAGAAACUCACCACCGCUCAGGAAGUGCUGGACAGAGCUCGUUCCCUCAUGACCCCCAAGAUGGAGAAGGCUUUGGCUAACAUGGCCUUAAAAACAGCAGAGGCAGCGUGUUUAAAAGAGGGUGAAACCCCAGUAAAACCUGCUGCGGUGCCCAUCCAGACCCCCAGCGCCCUCAAAGGAGUGUCGCAGUCUCUGCUAGAGAGGAUCCGGGCUAAAGAGGCCCAGAAGCUGCAAGCGGCUAUGACGCGGAACCCUGAACAGGAGGAGCGUCUGGGGAUGAUGUCACGCCUGCCAGAGAUGGCCAGGAUUCUGAGAAACGUGUUUGUCGCAGAGAAGAAGCCGGCUUUGAUCAUGGAGCUGGCCUGUAAUCAUGUGAUCGCGAGCUAUCGUUCGUCUCUCAGUGCAGGGGAAAUGGAGAAACACCUUCGUUUGUUGGUGGAGUUGGCUCCAGAGUGGCUCACGCUGCAUCCCAUCAGAAAGGAUUUUUACCUCAAGCUGAACAAGAACACAAACAUGAGCCUGGUUUUGGAGAAACUGAAUCAGAAGAUAAAAGAAGAGGAGAGACUCUGAGAACAUGCAGAUGUUAGACUUGUUGGAAUGAUGUGCAAUAGUCUCAGGAAUUUACUGUUUUUAAUUGAAGUGUGACUCCCUCCAGACGCUCAGUGUUCUCGAACACUGGUCUGUAAGAGAAAUGUUUUACAACAGAAUAAUAGUUUGUGCAAAUUUCUUUCUUUGAAAUGAGAAUUUUAGGUUUGUGAAUGCUUGCAUUAAGGAGGUGCGCGUUGAGCUGUUCGAACCGUGCACUUGCUGUACAGCAGCAGGUCCCAGGAGUCUUGAGCAGCUUUAAUGGCCAAUAAACAAGCUAUUUUGAAUUCAAGCUUUUCAUCAAGAA